AACACAAGUAUGCUUUUUAGAAAUCUCAUUCGAUCUGAUAGCUUCACUGUAGACUUUCUAUUUAGUCGUAAGAAGAAACCAAAAGAAGACGCCAUCAUUGAUCAUCAUGACUUGACGUUGGAAGACUUCUCUUAUGAAGAGAUCACGGCAAACUACAGACCCACAUUUGUUGAUCCUGGCCGAAAGACAGUAUUUACAGCAGCAAUCGGGUUAGAAACAAACAGACAUGAGAUACGGCGCUGCUCGACAAAAGAAUAUUAGCACAUGACGGGUAGUACUCGUGUCAAUGCAGAAUUAGAAAAGAAAAAAGGCCGAUUGUACGAUAAAAGCGAUAGUAAGCAAUAUAUCGAGUAGUAAAACAGGCUCGCCUGAACAGUAUAAGAGAUAUACUAUUUACAUACUACAACAUUUAGAGAUCCUGUUCUCAUUCUAUGGGCCUGGUAUGGGUGAGACAAGAUUCCGUCUGUAUCAAGGGCAGCAAGCGUGCUGCAGAUACGAUGGUGAACAUGCUUGUUGAUGGAAGUGUCAAAUACGACAAAGAAUUACGGAAAAAAAGAAGGGAAUUAGACACCGUGCGUGGCUGUAGUAUCCUUGUUUGCAAAACCUGUAAGAUACUAUGGAACCGCGAUGUCAACGCAGCAAAAAACAUGAUGGCCAUCAGCAUUUCGGUAUGGAAAGACAAGGAACGUCCUACGGAGUUCAGCCGGAAGACAACUUCUUAGUCUUUUGAUAUUUAUUAUCGCCAGAACGAAACUGGCUUGAUAUUUACAGGUAAACGUCUCCAUUUAAAUGUAGUUCGAUCUUCAAACUCUAACUCAAUCGUCUCAAAAUUUUGG